UUUCUAUACAAAAAGAUCGAUGGCUCCAUGUCUAAAGAGUGUUUACAAUGUUUCUGGUAAGAAUGUACACGUAAACAUUGAUGGUAGGUCGUUUGUUAUUGACCACGAUGAGUCUCAGCCUAUUGAUAUUUCUAUCACUAGUGAGGGGUACACGAAGAUUAACAAAGUUAAUUCUGAAGAUAUACAAGGAUAUCGACUGAGGUACGAUAAUUACAAUAUCAUGCUUAAUGAUGCUCUUGGCAAGAGUACUGACGUUGCAGAUUACGCUAUCCAUACAAAGUAUUAUGAUCAAGAUGUUCGCAUACAAGUAUUCCCAGAUGAAAUGCAUUUAUCGUGCAAUGUGAUGGCAUUCUUGAUAUCUCGGUCUAUGAGCUUGAACACCUGCUGCGGGGAGAGAUGCACACUGUUAUGAAGGACGUUGUUACGAUGUCUCCAAAUGUGAUAAAUGGUCCCGUGACAGAUGCACACCUGACUAAGUCUCCUUUUCCCUUUUAUUGUUUUGCAAAUAACACACACUCGAUUUGUGUUUCUAUCUUUUGGGACACCCACUUUUUCCUUUUCUGCAU